GUCCUAAACAUCACACGAAGAAUAGAAAGAGGGGUUAGGGUGACUGAAGCUGUAGGAGUGCGUUUAUGAAACCAAUUUCUAAUGGCAGUAGUAGUAGCAGCAGCUAAAUCCAAUAAUCAACUCUUGGAUUCUAUUAAAAGACAAUAUAGUUAGGGUUUUUUAGAUUAGGGUUCAGGAUUCGUUCAAGCUACCAAGCAGGAAGAGUUUUCAACCUUUUAUUGAUGGAAUCCGAGACAUGCGAUACCAAGGGAACUGAAUACCAGGAGACCGAACUAGCUGUUCCUGUAUCAGGUGCUUCUAACAUGAAUGAUGGAGACAAUCCCAUUAAUCCGCCACUUCAGCAAAAUCCUUCUUCCACUUCCUCCGUGCCCUUGGAGGCUAACUCCAUAACCGAUCACACACCGCAUUCAAAUGCUGAUAGCAACAUACAACCACAUUAUACUCCGAGCUCACUUCCUGUUCCCGAUGAUCAAUCUUCGCUGAAGCCUGCUAUAGAAACCCCUAGCAGUAUGAUACCGGAGUCCUCUGCUAUUUCUGAUUUCAAGACCCACACUGAUUCUAAAACUGACUCCCCUUCUUCCUCCAAUCAUAUUCAUGCUGCUGAAGCUAUAACUGAUGUCAAAACUGAAACCUCCUCAGUAUCCCCUCCUAAACUCACAGAAAAUGCCAAAACUGAAACUUCUGCAUUACCUCAGAGUGAAAUUAAUCACGAUAGUGACCCCACACCAACCAGCCUUAAUGAACCUAAACCGCUUGCGCCUUCUCAAUCAUUUCCUGAUAAGGAGAAAGCAGAAGACGUGAAGAAUGGGGUUAAUAAACUGGAGUUACCUACAACACCUGCUAAUGGGAACACCAAUUCUGAGCUCUCAUUUUUCUUGGAUGACAAUGGCAAUGAGUCAGGAACAGAAGAGGAGCAAUCAGCCUUCAUGAUGCAACUGGAAAUUUUCUUCAAACAGAGAGGCAUGGAGUUUAAGCCCCCUAAAUUUUAUGGUGAAGGGCUGAAUUGCCUUAAGUUGUGGAGAGCUGUUAUUAAAUUGGGUGGCUAUGACAAGGUAACUUCAUGUAAAUUGUGGCGGCAAGUUGGAGAGUCUUUCAAGCCCCCAAAAACCUGUACCACUGUUUCAUGGACAUUUCGUGGUUUCUAUGAGAAGGCACUCCUUGAUUAUGAAAGGCAUAAGAUAUCUGGAGGUGAGCUUAAUAUGCCUAUUUCAUCGCAAUCAGAGGCUAUGAAUGUUGAGAAUCAGGCUUCAGGAUCUGGUAGAGCACGAAGGGAUGCAGCUGCUCGUGCUAUGAAGGGUUGGCACUCACGUCAUUUCCGUAAUGGUGAAGUCAGUGACCCAAUAAUUAAGGAUAAGAAUUCUAUUUCUCAACAAAAACGUGAAAAACAGCUUAAAAGCCUGGGUUUGCUUAAACGAAAGAAACCAUCAUAUUUGGAUAGUGCUGUCAAGGCUUCACCUACCAAAGUAUCGAAGGCACAUGUGGAGACAGCAGUGGUUGACAUUGGAUCCCCAGCAGAUUGGGUUAAGAUCAAUGUGCAGAAAACUAAAGAUUGUUUUGAGGUCUAUGCUUUAGUUCCAGGCCUUCUUCGUGAGGAGGUGCGUGUUCAAUCUGAUCCCGCGGGACGCCUAGUAAUAAGCGGUGAACCUGAGCAUCCAGAUAAUCCUUGGGGUGUCACACCAUUCAAAAAGGUUGUCAGCUUGCCCUCAAGGAUUGAUCCGCAUCAAACAUCGGCGGUUGUAACCCUUCAUGGACAGUUGUUUGUACGUGUUCCAUUCGAGCAAAGCUGACCAGUGGAUCGAUUAAAACCCGGGGGCUAAUCUUUGCUUCUGCCUUUAGUUAUUCAUUUCCACUAGUGGUCUAUGUAGUGUUUAAUUUUGGUUUUCAAUUUAGUGCAGCAGUUUAACUUGUGCCGUCAUUUAGUUGAAGCCCUUUCCUUUGACUGUAUGCGAGAUAUGCAUGGUAUGAUUUUGGGGGCUUUGAUUCACGGAGUUGGACAUGUGAAAAUAAGAUUAACCCU